UCGUCUCCGCGACCUUCAAAUGUCUUAUAAGCAAUACGGGCUUAAACAGCAAUUAAGUUUUUAUAACAAACAAAUCAAAACAAAAAAAUGUGAAGGGAACGGCCCUAGAACAAGAGACAAAGCAAAUAUGCUACCACAAAUUAACAGCUAUGGCAGAGAGUGCACGCGUCUAAGUACAUUAACAAUUAAAAAAAACGUUGAAAACAUUUUUUUUAAUUCCGUUCGAAAACUAACAAACACUUUAAUAAAUUAAAAAAGUCUGUUUGAAAACUAAUAAAUAUUGUGAUUUAAAUAGAGUUGAUAAGUGGUUAUUACCAUUGUGAAUUUUAUGAAAAGUGAUGUUUGAUACGUUCAAAGCGCAAUUUAGAUUAAAAUGGCGUCAAUAUUUAGCAGCAUCGUUAGCAAGCUACGGCAGCCUAUGCACGGGGAUGUCCAUGGGCUGGACGUCCCCCGUGAUGCCUCUCCUGAGCGGUCCCGACAGCCCCCUGGUAGAAGCGCCUACUCACCAGGAAGAGUCUUGGAUCGGAUCACUUCUAGUGCUAGGCGGCCUCUUCGGUCCCCUCAUCACGGUCCCCCUGUCCAAGCACGUCGGUCGCCGGUGGAUCAUCAUCUCCACUAAUCUACCGCUCCUCCUGGGUUGGCUGUUAGCUGGUGUGGCCACCACGUUACCAACGUUAUACGUCGCUCGGCUGCUGUGGGGAUGCGCUACAGGGAUGAUGUUUGCCACUAUACCACUCUAUAUUGGGGAGAUUUCUGAGGACGCAAACCGCGGCGCCCUCAGCGCGCUUUUCCUCCUCUUCAUCAACGUCGGCUUCCUCUUAGCGUACGCCAUCGGUCCCUUCGCAUCCUACUGGGGCCUCACCGCUGCUGGAGGGAUCCUGUCAUUAUUCUACGUGCCUUUCACUUGGUUCAUUCCUGAGACGCCCUUCUAUCUGGUCUGGAAAGGCCACACAGAAGAAGCCUCAAAGGUGCUCCAAAGCUUACGAGGAACAUCAAAAGAAGCAGUACAAGCAGAGUUGGAUGGACUUCAGGCCAUGGUGGCUCGGGAGUUCAAGGAAGAACCCAGGAUCAAGGACUUAUGGGCUACCAGAGGCAACGUUAAGGCGUUAGGUAUCUGCGUGUUCCUAGCCAUGCUGCUGCAGCUAUCCGGGAUCGACGUGUUGCUGUUCUACAUGGAGGAGCUGCUGAAGAAAGUCGGGACCAAGAUGUCGGCCGCCAACGGGACCAUUCUCAUGGGCUGUGUCCAGGUCAUAACAAGCUGCGUCACUCCACUGGUGGUAGACAGGCUCGGAAGGAAGUUCCUGAUGUGGACCACUUCGCUCGGACUUACCAUUUUCUUAUUCCUGAUCGGAGUGUACGCAGUGCUGGACUUGCACUUCAAGGUGGACGUCAGUUCGUUCGCCGCGGCGCCGCUCGUCUGCCUCGUGUUCUACAUGAUUCUAUUCACACUGGGUGUGGGUCCAGUGCCAUGGAUCCUAGUAGCUGAGAUGUUCCCAGUGCGGACCAAGUGUCUCGCUAGCGGCAUCGCAUCCUUCAUGUGCUGGCUCGCCGGAUUCGUUUGGACCAGGUUUUUCCGCGAAGUAGAAGCAUCAUACGGCAUCUACACGGCGUUCUGGAUCCUGGCCGUGUGCUGCGGCUUCGGGUUCAUAUUCUCUGCGGCCUUCCUGCCCGAGACCAAGGGCAAGACGUUCGAUGAGAUACAGGCGAUGCUUAACAAAUCUAACAAGGAAGAGGAGCCCAAACCUGUUAAUGUCUAGAAAUAAAUAUAAUUAUGAGGAUUAUUUUCAUCAAUAAAUGCUAUCGAAUUCUGGCCGCCAUUUAUGACCCAUUUGUUAUAUAAGAGAUAGAGAUAGAGAUCUUUAUUUUAUAUCCAAUGUACAUAUUUAUAUCCAAAACAAGCUAGCAAUUAUACAUUUUUGUCAGGGAAGGUUACUAUGACAAACUUAAAUAUGUUUUUGGCGAUGCAUGUACGACAACUCAGAACUAGUUAAAAGUUCUUGGCGUUCAAACGGUUGAUUAAGAAUGCCAAUAUGUAAAGUUAGUCACUAAGUUAGGAAAAUCAUACAUAAACGCACUAGUGUUUCAUAGCGUAAACACAGAAUAAAUAAUAGUACUAGGUACAGAAGACUCACUCUCUAACAAAACGCGUCUGUUACGAUCAGCACAGAUAUGGCCGCUAGGUGGCGACAGCGCCACGCGCGGCUUAUGCCAAACCCCAAAAUUGGGGCCGAACGGAUGUACUUUUAGCUAUCUGUAGCAAAGCGACGAAAUUGCGGAGUGAGCCACGCCUGGCGUAAACCCAAUGGUUAACAAUAUUUUUAUGAAUAGCAACUAUUGGGCGAGUAUCGACCCAGUGGAAGAUUAAUGUUAUAUAGGAUUAUGUA